AUGCGCACCUCUGUCCCUGGAUUCUCGGCGAGGAAGAUGGCGGACGUUUCUUUAGACGAAUUAAUACGCCGACGCAAUUUUAACAUCAGAGGAGGCCUUAAGAGGCCAACUUUCGGCAGAGGGGUAGGGCUAACGGGAAGAGGGGCGGGCUCAGUAGGGAGAGGGGCGGGGUUUAUGGGCCGGACGUUUGAUGCCAGACAGAAGAUCGGCACCACCGAUGUCAGACAGAGGCUUGGAGGAAGUGGAGCGUUCCAGGUCAAGGAUGCGAGAGAGAAGCUGGGUCAGAAGGAUGCACGUUUCCGUAUUCAGGCCAGAGGGGCUGCUGUGAGCACAGUGCAGGAUGCCAGACAGACCAUAAACUCACGGAAACAGCAGCAGGUCCAAGAUUCUCCCUUAGUAAGCACGUCUCAGACCCCAAUCCCACACAUCCAUAUUCAGAACAACAAUAACAGUCCCAGCAGCACCAGUGUCUGGGCCUUCCCCACCAGCCAGGGGCUGGGGGCCCGAGUCGGCCUGGCCAUACAGCCCAGAGGCGGGAUCACGAAAGUGGUGGAUGCGCGUGAUAGGCUAAGUCUGAAGAGAAGCGUAUCAUCGCUGCCCAGUCAGGGAUCUGCAGCUCCGCUUAAGAUCACCAAAACGAUCCAGCAGAGGCCUGUUGGUAUGACCAGCGGAAUUCGCAUCAAUGUACCAAGUAGAGCAGCUCAGUGUGUCUCCAAGGAGGAGGAGGAAGAGGAGGCUGUGGUUCCGAAUAAACAGUUAAAGUUCACCACGACCAACGACCUGGCCCAGACACGGGUGGGUGGCAGUUUCUCCGUCUCUACUCCAAUCACCAAAGUGGUUAAGAACGACUCGUACAUGGCUCCACCCCCUGCACCUCCUGCUGCAGCUGCUGCAGUGGCACCCACUCACUCUAAUCCCCACCCACCUGCACAGGCUCCUGAAAACUCCAGCUCUCAGCCUGCACAGCCAGUGUUCAGUCCAUUGGAAGGAACCAAAAUCACAGUGAAUAAUCUCCACCCGCGCGUCACAGAGGAAGACAUCGUGGAACUGUUCUGUGUGUGUGGUGCGCUGAAGCGAGCUCGGCUGGUGAAGGUCGGAGUGGCUGAGGUGGUGUUUGUGCGGAAAGACGACGCUAUCAGCGCUUACAGGAAAUACAACAACCGCUGUCUGGACGGUCAGCCAAUGAAGUGCAACCUGCACAUCCAGGGUAGCGUCAUCACGUCAGACCAGCCCAUCCUGCUGAGACUGAGUGAUACUCCUGGAAAGAAGGAGACUCCGUCCUCGGCUGCGUCCCGAUCCACACCUCGUUCCAGCUCAGCUGAAGUGGAUCCUCAGACCAUCCUGAAGGCUCUGUUUAAAUCGUCCAAUCAGAGCUCAGCCACAACAGAGACUCCUCCCCCUGCUGCACACUCUACAGCCUUCCGCAUCAAGAUCUAAAACAUACACACUACAGCCGUCUGCAUCCAAUUCGAACACACACUCUUCUCUUGGUACAUGUCCGUUUGCGAGCGCUGCAUCCUGUUUGUUUGAUUGGACGGUUCUGUACGAUGGCCAGCGUUGCGUUUCGCCAGUUAGGUCAAAGGGAGACGGUGUCCAUCACCUUCACGAUGGAGAUCCUGAUUUUUUUUUUAUUGGAUCGUCUGUAGUCAUAACUACGAGUCUUUACGAUAUUAAAUUCACACAGAAGCUUCUGAGAUUUCUUCCUAACGUUAGCUCGGUGGUGCGCUAGUGAGGGGAAGCUAGCUGAAAUUAGCUAGCAUAUCAUCCGGUUGAUGCACGUUAUGAUCUAACUAGCUUUGGGUGUUUUUAUUGUUUCUCAUGUCUUCAUAGAAAUGUAAAUGAUAAUUCCAGAGAGGUUUUCUAAUGUUGACCUGGUUUCCAUAGCAACAAGACCCCUCAAUAUAGCCACACUCAUUGAAACGUCUAUAGGGGAACACCACACAGGUUACAGACUGCAGGAGGACACAUACCAUCACCCUCGUAUACGCACGCCAUCCUGGUAAGUGUGUGAGAAACAGGUGCAGGUUCAGUGUGUGUGUGUUCUUUCCCAGAAGAACUGUUAUGUUUUUAAAUUACACACACAGGAUGAUGAUGAUGAUGAUGUAUGUGCUGUGUAUAAAGACUUUAGAAGUGUUAUUUGUGUGCAGAGGGCGGUUCUGUCCCAAUCCUGUGUUCAGCUCUUUGUUGUGUAUCCUUACUGAUGUUGGUGAUUUUGACAUGCAGCUCUAACCCCACCCCCAUACACCCAGGGUGGGGUUGUGCGUCCAUGUGUGUGUACUGGACUUCUUGAUUUUUUUUUUUUUGGUUUUUUUUCCUGCAGUAAAAUCUCUCACUUUAUAAUAAACAGA